AUGCAGUACUCCAUCGUCACUCUUCUUGCCGUUGUCGCCGCCGUCCAGGCCGCCUCUGUCGGCUCCAGGCACAACAGGCUCGUGCCUCGCCAGGCCUCCACCGUUGACGUCUCGGCGCCCGCCAUGGCCGACGCCAACGGCAACAUUGUGCCCUUCAACGCGGCUGAAGUCGUCGUCGAGCCUGCCGCGGCCCGGUAG